CAGACAACCCGAUGGCCAACUUGACGGUUUCCAUCGAUGCCUUAGCUCCCGAGAGACAAAAGGUCUCCCGUUCGUCACUUGCCUGCUUGUCCUGUCGCUCCCGCCAUGUGAAAUGUGACAACAAACGACCGGAAUGUGGUCGCUGCACCCGCGCUGGAAAGCAAUGCUACUACACCGAGUCCCGCCGAGGGGGCCUCGACCGGGCAGCUCUUACGGAAAAACGCAGACGCCUCGCGGCUGCAUCCUCGACGGAUAAUGGCGAUUCUUCCUCGACAGACAACUCAAAAGUCUCGACUGUCCCUCAGCCUGCCGGCAACCUGGCCUCUCUGAAUGGCGUCGGUGUUGCUGACGCGACGACGCCCUCGGGUUUGGCGGCUUCCGUAAUCCCGAACACGGGAAUUCACAACAUUCAUGACGACACUCUGAUUGACGCAUACUAUGAGAACUUCCACAAAUUUCACCCCGUGGCGUUGCCUCGGAGCCAUCUGGCCAGGUUCUACCAAGACCACAGGAAGCCACUGAAUCUCGAGCCGCUGAUUGCGGUGAUGCGAUGUAUUGGCCAUCUGUAUCGCUUCAAACAAUGGUCCGAUCCGCUAAGGAGCUUGGUCGAGACUUCUUUCUCGGAAGCGUCGCCAAAAGAUCCAAUUAUGGUCCAGUGUCGACUUCUUUACUCCAGUGCGCUCUUCUGGUAUGAGUAUAAGACCGAGUCGAAGCAGGAAAUGGACCACGCCGUGGCCAUUGCUGUUGAAAUUGGGAUGUUUCGUCGCGAAUUCGCUACCGAGCACGGACACGGAGAUCCGGUCUUGAUUGAAUCGUGGAGGCGGACCUGGUGGUCACUCUACGUCGUGGACGGCUACUAUGCCGGCACGCUGGGGACGAUGGAUUUCACGGUGAUUAAUAUCGAUGCCACUGUGGAUCUACCCUGUCAGGAAUCAGAGUACGAAUCAGGCAAAAUCCCACAACCAAGGACACUCGAAGAAUUCGACUCCCGCGAGUUCGACUUCAGCGAAACACCCUUUUCAUCAUUCGCGUACCUCAUCGGGGCAGUCAGAUGCGCAGCAGCAGCAAUAUCCGCGGUCCCUCGAUGCGGAAAGACCGCUUCCCUAGACAUCAUCCAAGCCGCAGACGCCAUCGUCGACGGCUGGCUGCUUCUCCUACCACAGGAACAUAAACAAGUCCUGACGAAAACAGGAGAGAUAGACGAGCUCAUAUUCCAAGCUCAUCUAGUAAUACACGUAUCCAUUAUCGGCAUGCACCGACCAUUAUCCGACCUCCGUUUCAGCCCCGUCGAGCACGUCUCCAGCUGCGCGAGAGACCACCUCCCCGAGACAGUAACACCCGAGCUCGUCAACGUGCACACCGCGCGCGUCCUCCGAUCCGUAGAAGCCCAGAUCCGGCUCCUCGCCCUCCCAAUCCGACCCUUCCACCACACCCCGUUUCUCACGUGCAUGAUCAGCGAAGGGACCCUGGCGCUCCUAUCGGCGUGCAACUUCCUCCUCAAAGGAAAGGACCUGGCGAUCGCUAGAGACCAGCUCCGUAUGAUCAUCGGAUGUCUCAAGGCGCUGGCGGAGCUAUGGCCCCGGACUCAGCGCAACGUGCACGAGAUCCAGCUCAUUGCGCGGUAUGUACUGGGGCUGGAGCAGAAGAGAGCGGAUCCCGUCGAGUCUGUGUCUGGAGGGGUCAGUGGGUCGGAGGAAAGUGCACAGGGAGUUGAGUUGGAGGUAGCGGUGACCAGUGACGAUGCGUUGCCGUCUGUAGAUGCUCUGGAGGGGAUUGAUCUGUGGCAGAGUCUUGGUGAUCUGGACGCGGGACUUUCGUGGUGGGGAGAUGCAGAGUAGGAGGAUGGAUUUAUCGAGAAUGGCCAGAAGGGUUCUCUCUGAGGGGGAUUUACCUUUUGGCGGAGUAAAAAGCCGGGUAUAAUUGAUUUCGGUCAUGGUAUUAUGAUUUUAUGAAUUCUUACCGAUCCAUAUACUGGAUGCGAGUGAAUGGUUCUUGACCCCGGUCAGGCGUUCCUAACAGGUUUGUAUAUGCACUUCAUGUGGAGGGACUUGAAAGACCGAUAUUCCUUACAUGAGAUGCUCGAUACAUAGAAAAGGCCCGCAGCGAUGGCUUGGCAUCUUGCAUCUCGC